AUGUAUCAGCAGAAAACAGGCCCGCUCACCGAGCCACUGCUUGUCGUCCUUGGGUCUACAGGAACAGGAAAAUCGGAUCUCGCUGUUGAGCUUGCCUUUCGCUUUGACGGUGAGGUGAUCAAUGCAGAUGCCAUGCAAUUUUAUCGUGGCCUGCCAGUAACGACAAACAAGAUUUCCGAGGCUGAACAACGUGGAGUUCCACACCACUUGUUGGGUGUUAUCGGCGUGGACGAGGAGCCCUGGAUGGUGGGACGAUUCAAGCAGGAAGCUACACGUAUUAUCCGUGAAAUUCGCAGUCGUGGACGGUUGCCCAUCGUCGUCGGGGGAUCGCAGUACUACACCGAUGGACUUCUAUUCGAGAAUCACCUUGUGGAUGAAGCGGUUGUCGAUGACGACAUGGAGGGUGACACCGGGGCCAGUGCUGAAAUCGGAAGCCGAUAUCCGAUUCUAGAAGCGUCGACAGAGGACAUCCUUUCCAGGCUGCGGGAAGUGGAUCCUGCCAUGGCUGCGCGAUGGCAUCCCAACGAUCGUCGGAAAAUUCGGCGGUCACUGGAGAUCUACCUGACCACGGGGCGGCAGGCUUCAGAAAUAUAUGCACAACAGAAGCAGGAGAAAGUAAAAAAACAGGUUGCUGCUCAGGGUUUAGGGGACACUGAUCUGCUGGAUGGUAUUACUGUUGGCCCAGCAUCAGCAGGACCUGCUCCCUGGAAAUGUUUACUCCUAUGGGUGUACGCCCAGCGCGAUGUGCUGAACGAACGACUAGAUGCUCGCAUCGAUACAAUGUUAUCUCGAGGUCUCAUGGAGGAGGCCACCGAGAUGCACAACAUCCUUGAGGACUGCCGAACCCGCGGCAAGAUAAUUGACCGUACCAAGGGCAUCUGGCAGUCGAUCGGGCUAAAGGAACUGGAGCCCUACUUGGUUGCCUUGAAAGAAGUUAAAGAUGCAGUUGGCGGGCUGAACACUGACGUUGAAGCGACCGACGAUCGUCUGGCCCAGAUCCAAGCGGCCAGCCUGGACAGCAUGAAGUUUGCCACCCGACGUUACGCUCGCUACCAGCUGCGAUGGAUCAAGCACAAGACAAUUCCCAUGCUAGCCGAGGAGCGUGCGCUGGAUCACCUCUUUCUACUGGACAGCACGGAGAGAGAAAAAUGGCAGGAAAACGUUGCCCAGGUGGGCGUACAGCUGACGGCUGCUUUUCUCGCUCGUAGUGGUUGGGACAGGCACGUCUGCGGACGCGUAGGGCAUGUUGCGCAAGGCGAUGUAUCGACCUUGCCUGCGCCUGUCGAUGUGUCCCAGACGGCGCGGGAUGUGCUGACAGCCACCAUUGCGGCCAGCCAGAGCGAACGUGAGAGCCGCAACAACAACUUCAGUCGAACCUGCGAAAUGUGCCGCAUGACGCUCGUGUCUGAAGAUCAGUGGGACAAGCAUAUCAAGGGGCAGCGGCACCGGCGUGUGCUAGUGAAGCAGAAGCGAAGGGCCCUUGUUCCUGUGUCAGCUGUACCCAAGCAGUCGGUAGAAGCAGACAUGAAAACAGUAGUCACAGAGCGGAGCACGGAGUUAAACCCCGGCACAGACCGUCAAGCCAGCUUUUCUAGAGCUAAAAAUAUAUAG